AUGGCCCGCGAUAAUGAUGAAGUCCUCGUCGGUGGGAAACCUGGAGCAGUCCACGACGAACAUAUCGUGAUUCAGGAAGACUCAAAGACGACCUGGGAGUGCCUCAAGGCCAACCCAAAGAUUGUUCUGUGGACACUGUGGGCUAAUAGUUCGUAUACCGUUCUUCCUCUUUUGUGUACUUUACCUUUGGAUGGUAGAAGACUUAUCAUCUUUACAGUUGGUCCUUUGAUGGUGGGCUACGAGAACCUAGCAAUGUCGGUUUGCUUAGCUAUGCCCGCGUUCCAGAUGAGGUUUUCUGUCGAUGUUGAUGGCGAGCUCAUUAUUCCAGCCUACUGGCAGUCUCUUUGGAGCUCCCUGUACAACGUCACGACUAUGCUUGGCUCUGUUUCGGCAGGCUACUGCCAAGACCGAUUCGGCCGACGAUCUGUGUUUCUUGCUUCAAUCAUUAUCGCGGUAGCUGGCAUUGCGCUCACAUUCGUCUCGAAGACUCCUGCGGAGUUCCUUGGUGGCAAAAUGACUUCCGGUUUCGCGAUGGGUCUGAUCUUAGCUGGUUCUCAGACUUGGGUUUCGGAGAUUGCACCAUUGCCUCUGCGAGGUAUUGCCCUUUCAACGUAUGCAAUCAUGCUGAACCUCGGACUCUUGCUUGCAAUCUCAGCAACGUUCAGUCGAAUCUCCAUUAUGAAUGAUUGGGCCUUCCGUGUUGUGUUUGCUGCAGCUUGGGUCUUCCCUAGCCUACUAGCGCUGGGACUACCCUUUAUGCCCGAGUCACCGUAUUGGUUGACUUUGAAGAAUAAGCACGAUCGAGCGCGACACGCUCUGAUUCGCCUUUCACCGAAUAAGGACGGAAUUGAUGCCCGCUUGGUUCAGAUACAGCACUCUAUCGAAACUGAACGUCGACUUGCGGUUCAGAAGACAUCGUAUGCUCAGCUUUUACGUGGCACCAAUCUGCGCCGCACCCGCAUAUUACUUAUCUGCAUGUAUAUGCCCCAGAUCGUCGGCACUGUUCUCUCCUCCAACGCGCCAUAUUUUCUCAACCAAACUGGCAUGGACAACCAUACCACUGUCAUGAUUCUACAAAUAGCUGUCAGCUGCGGUGUAGUCUCCGCGGUCUUGAACGUGUUUGCAAUGUCGAAGUUCAAUUAUCGAACACUGAUGUUCUUUGGAGUUAGUAUCUGUGUCGCUCUAUACUUAGCUAUGGGCAUUGCCGGCACCAUGACACGUACACCAGCAACACUUACCGUCAUUGGCAUUGCAGUUGCGUUUCCCAGUAUCUCUUACGGACCUGCAGUUGGAGCAUCCAUGAGCGUUGCUGGAGAAGUGUCCUCUAUCAACCUCCGUGCCAAGUCUCUGGCACUGGGCCAAGCCUUUUCAUCUGUUGUGUCGACUAUUUGGCAAAUCAUCCUGCCGUACCUAUUCAAUAGAGACCAGGCUAACAUGGGAGGAAACAUCGGCUGGAUAUUCUUCGGCAUGGCAGUUAUCUAUCUUGUGGUUCUCUAUGUUGACGUUCCGGAUACGAAGGGUCACACUUACGAACAGUUAGAUAUUAUGUUUCAGAAGAAGGUUCCUGCGAGGCAAUUCCCGUCUUACGUGCUUGGCGGCACAAAUGACCUCGAGUCAUCUAUUUCUUUCGCUUAG